AGAUAACAGAUUGCCAGCGGCUCGUACAUACAAAGCUCCUCUGUCUCGAUCUUAGCUGCAGCAGUCAAUUGCUGAGACAACCCGCAGUGUGGAAAGGAUGUCCUCCUUCUCGCGCCUCGUCCGCUUCCUGGCCCGCGACGGCCGCACCUACUACGGCGAUGCCAUCCUCCCGCGCGGCGUCACCGACAUCAGCAAGGCCCGCCAGGCCCGCGUCAUCAAGGGCGACAUCUUCGGCAAGCACGACGUGACCGACCAGGUCGCCGACAUCCGCUUGCUGCUGGCGCCCCUGGCCCCCGAAGACGUCCGGACGGUGCGCUGUCUCGGCCUGAACUACGCCGCCCACGCAAAGGAGUCCAAAAUGCCCAUCCCGCAGUAUCCCGUCGUCUUCUACAAACCCGCGACCUCGCUCGCCGGCCCUUCGGACCCCAUCCCGGUGCACCCGAUCGCGCAGCAAGCCGCCGGCCUGGACUACGAGUGCGAGCUGGUGGCGGUGAUCGGGCGGGCGUGCACGGACGUGCCCGAGGCCGAGGCGCUGGACUACGUGCUGGGCUACGCGGUCGGCAACGACGUGUCGCACCGCGAGUGGCAGCUCCGGCGGGGCGGCGGCCAGUGGUCGCUCGGCAAGGGCUUCGACGGCUGGGCGCCCUUCGGCCCGGGCAUCGUCAGCGGCCGCGUGCUCGCCGACCCGCAGGCGCUGGGCAUCCGCACGCGCCUGAACGGCGCCGUCGUGCAGGAGAGCAGCACCGCAGACAUGAUCUUCAGCGUGCGCAGGACCAUCGCCUUCCUGAGCCAGGGGACGACACUCAUGCCGGGGGAUGUCAUCUUCACGGGGACGCCUCAGGGUGUGGGCAUGGGCAGGAACCCGCCACUGUGGUUGAAAGACGGGGAUGUGGUCGAGGUCGAGCUUGACGGCGUCGGCACUUGCACGAACAAAGUGGAGUUUCGCACUGCGAGAGACGCUAAGCUAUGAGGAAUGUUCUCGCCGCCCCGUACCUCAGCAGCGUUAGCUCCGAGUCCGUCAUGGCUGGCUACACUGCCCGCCAUGAGCCCGCCU